CGCAAACUGCGACGCUUGAAUCCCGUAAGUUUUUGGCUACUGAAUGGCAUGGUACGGUCUUAGCAAAAACAAUGGCAAUACUUGUUACUCUGUAUAUAUUUUUAUCUCUUCAAAUUUAUAGGCUUUUCUAUAUUUUUUUUCAAUUUCACGAAAGCUUUUAAGCGCAAUCCCCCUUCGCAUGGAACAUUUUUAACGCAAAAUACAUAUCAUGAAAACGUCACGACUUUCUUGGCGUGAAUUCCUACAUUGUCACCGAUAUCCAAAAGUAAAUAAGUAUUAAAGAGGUAUUAACCUUUUGUUUUGCUACUACCGGUUAAAAUUGUGGAUAAAUCAAUUGUGAGCCAGACGUCAUCUAGCAGUGUCAGUGGAAGGUUAAACUUUACUUAAACAACAACUUACUGAAGCAGCAAGUUUACUAGAAAAACACAUUCGCUAAGGCAACACUGAAGCAUGGGUAAAGACGGUGCAAAACCUACAUCCCAGCCAGGAGCAAAAAACUCCAAAGUCUCACCCGUGAACUCACCAGACUCGCCCAAUCAACAGACUGAAGAGCCUACUGACAAACACGGUGCUGACGCAAGUGUAGCUGUUGACUUGGGCACUCAAGAUGAGGGUGCCGGUCCCUCGGGUGUUCAGGGUGACGACACCAUCCGUCCCGCCCUGGAUGGGGGCAAGCCGUCGCGUGGUGGUGGCCUCUGUGGGGUGCGCCUGGGGCUGGUGCUGGUGGGUGUGGUCGCCGUGACUGCUCUGCUCGGCUCGUCUGGACUCGGUGCGACUCUUUAUGGCGUGCAUAAAAUUCAAGCCAUGAAAUCAGGACAAGGUUGGUCUGAAUGGACGAAAUGGUCUUCCUGUUCUGCCCUGCCUUGUGGGAGGGGCGUCAAAUCACGUGUUCGCAUCUGUCAAUCAUCUACCUGCUCGGGUGAAGACAACGAAGAAACAUGGUGCUAUUCGUCAUCUUGUUCAGAUUACGACACCUGGUCAAACUGGUCAAACUGGACUACAUGCAGUGUCACGUGUUCUGGUGGUGUCCAAUCACGAACCAGGUUCUGCUUGAAUCCUUUCCGUGGGUUAGAUCGGCCUGCGUGCCGGGGAGAUAACCGAGAGGAGAGAAACUGCAACAACCAUCCUUGCAAAACGACUGCGACAAAAUUAAACGGCGGCUGGUCCUCCUGGUCCAACUGGACCGCGUGUAACGAGACCUGCGGAGGCGGAGUCAAGUCACGCAAUCGUACCUGCACCAGGCCCUCUCCUCGUUACGGCGGAGCUGACUGUCAGGGGGAGGGUGACGAGAUCAAGUCGUGUCGUACGUUCAAAUGCCAAGGUCUGGAGUCUUAUUCUAAUCUGACGUGGAUUGACGAUCAUUACUUAGAAGAUCUAUAUAGGUUCCUUGUGAAGACAGAAGUCAGCGCUUCGGCAAACUGGAGACCGUGCUAUCAAAGCUACUAUAACGCAGGGUCAGCCCGGAUGUUUCACAGUGGAUGCAACAGCAGAGGGCCCACAGUAACCAUUGUGUACGUCGGGGAUUUUGUAUUCGGUGGAUACACGGAUGUUUCAUGGGGGAGCUUGGAGAGAUAUAAGACUUCAAGGGAUUCCUUUCUGUUCAUAUUAUACGGCCCACAAGGAUACAAGCCAACAAAGCUUCCUUUAAAAACCUCCCCCUGCGAGUAUGCCAUCUAUGACGACAGCUCUUACGGGCCCACUUUUGGAGGAGGGCAUGAUUUGAGGAUCGAUCUCGACAACCCUAGCCGGUCAUUUAGCAGUCCUUAUUCGUACGAGCGGCCCCCAGGGUGCUACAAUAGAACAGCGUGCGGCACGCUGGUGGGGAGUCAAAGGUUUCGGCCUGAUUGGGUCGAGGUGUUCUACGAUGCAAACUUUGACCAAGGAGGGCUUACAUUCUCAUCCAUCUUAACCGAAAGUAGAGGCGACACCUACUGGCUAUACAACCAACUAAGGCCAGUGCAGCAGAGUCCCUCUAGUACCUGGAGACUUUGCUAUAGAGCCAGUUCAUAUGGAUGGGCGGCCAGCACGUUUCACAGCUACUGUAACAACAAGGGACCAACCGUCACCAUAGUGAAAAAGAGCAGCUACAUCUUUGGCGGUUACACGGACCAGUCCUGGACAGGCUGUAAUUGCUACAAGUCAUCAAGCAAGUCCUUCAUGUUCACUAUUUACAACACGUUCGGAUACAAACCUGCAAAGCUGCCACUCAGAUACUCACCUCAUGGAAGUGCCAUCUGCGAUCAGAACACCUACGGGCCCACAUUUGGAGGAGGUCAUGACUUGUAUAUUGCUGAUUACGCAAGUGGUAACACCAACUCGUAUACAGGUUCAAGCACCUACGAUCGACCCAAGUGGUGCACGUCUGAUAGCUGCGGUGUACUGGCGGGAAGCUACAACUUUCAACCUAGCGAUAUCGAGAUUUUCUAUGAAGUCGUUUAAAAGAUGUUUUAAAAGUUUAAAAACUUAAAGGCGGCAAUGUCACCAGUUUACUUUCGGCCAAUUUAGAUGAUUUUUAACGAAAAACGUGGAAAUAUUUUACAAAAUUGUAUGGCAGUGUUGAGGUUUCAGGUUUACGUAAACUGGUGCGAUUGCCGCCCUAAAUGUUAUUCAACCUCUAAUAACACGCCAAUCGUUUACCUUUUUCUGCACGGCCUGCUGCACAAUCAGAAUACACGUUAAGAAGUCACUUGUAGAAAACAUUAGAAAAUCUUUAAGAAUCAGAAGCUUAUUGUCCCGAAUUGACCCGUCCUUAUCACAAUUGCCUUCCAAAUGCUUACGGAUAUGUUGCUAUGGCUGGUUCAUAACUGAGCCUCUGCUAGCAGGGAAUGUAGACGGGGAUUUAUCGCACACUUCUCUCGCUUUAUUAAUUUUCGUACACUUCGUGUUAAAUAAGCGCGAGAAUAUUUCUUAAGCGAAAAUUAGCCCUUUUUUUUACUUUAAACUUUAUGUGUGGAUGAACUAUUAUUUUGAAUAAACCCACUGACCAACACUGACAUGGUUAAUCAUUAGGCGACAUAUAGACAAUGCAUAGUCUAGUUGAUGUAUAAAGAUAUUUAUUCAUUACUGAUCUAAAAACGCUUUUGUAAGACGUAUUAAAGACACAACUAUGAGAGUGUGUAAUUUUAUGUUAAUCCUUUUUUUUAGAGACUUGACAUUGUUACACCUUUGAUCUUGAUGAAGAUAUGUUUCAUCGUCUUUCAAUAAAAUUGUAUUCAUUAUCUUAA